ACCGUUUCCAAUUUGCUCAAAUGUUCAAACAGACACCAACUUCAUACAAAAUGUCCUUUCUUCCGGUUCACUUUAUCAAGUAAGAUGCCUGGUGUAACAGUUAAGGAUAUUGAUCAACAUGCUGUUGUAAAGCAUGUCGCCGUCUUCUUGAAGAAGACUGGCAAGCUAAAGGUUCCUGAACAAAUGGACAUCAUUAAGACUGCCAAGUUCAAGGAACUUUCGCCUUAUGACCCCGAUUGGUUCUACAUUCGUUGUGCGUCGAUCCUUCGUCACUUGUAUCACCGCAGUCCAGCUGGUGUUGGUUCCAUAACUAAGAUCUAUGGUGGCCGUAAGCGCAACGGUGUUCAUCCAUCUCACUUCUGUCGUUCUGCCGAUGGAUGUGCAAGAAAAGCUUUGCAAGCAUUGGAACAUGCCCGCUUAAUCGAAAAGCACCCUGAUGGUGGCCGCAAGCUUACAUCCAUUGGACAACGUGAUUUGGAUCGUAUCGCAAACCAAAUUGUAGUUAAGCAAAGAGACGCCCGUAAGGAAACCGGUCCAAUCGUGAUUUCUAAGUAAUAUUAGUUGUAUGUAAGUUGCGAAGUAUGGACAGUUUUAAAUAAAAAGUAAUAUAAAAAUCGAA